AACCCCAAGUGCUAUCUCAAAUUUUAUAAAGAUAAGAUAGAGGUAUUAAUAAAAGGCAUUUGGAUAUCGUUAUUGGUAGCCUUUGCUCUAUUAACCUUUAACAAUGAAGGUUUUAGUACUUUGCGCGUUGUUGUGCUUCGGCGGUAGCCUGGCUGCAUCCGUCAGUACGAGCGGCGUCGUGGUCUGCUACUACGGUGAAUGGUCCAACGAGAGGACUGGAAACGGUCGCUUUGGCGUGAGUGACCUGCCCACUGAUCUCUGCACGCAUAUCGUCUAUUCGUUCCUCUUGCUUAACGGAACCACGGGAGGCAUUAUUGCUCCUGAAGAAACUACUUACGAAGGAAAGACCAAUACUGUUGCUGACCUCAUUGCGUUAAAAGAGACGAAUGCCGAUUUGAAAAUCUUAGUUGCUAUUGGUGGUUGGACUGAAGGCUCAACAAACUUUACAGCCGUUGUGAACAACGAUACUUUGAGGGCAGACUUCGUCAGUAACUUGUACAACUAUAUUGAUUCUAACGGCUUCGAUGGUUUGGACGUGGACUGGGAGUACCCUGCACAGAGAGGUGGAGCAGACACUGAUAAGGAACAAUUCGUGACUUUAAUCAAGGAGUUGAAGGAAGCCUUUGCAGCGAAAUCUUAUCUGUUGACCGCUGCCGUCGCCGUCACCCAGUCACACAUCGAUUUGUCCUACAACGUCACCCAACUUAACGAAUACCUGGACUACAUCCACCUGAUGACGUACGACUUACACGGCACUUGGGAUACUGUGACUGGAGUAAACGCGCCCCUCUACGCUCAGUUAACUGACGACUCCUCCGUAAAUUUAAAUGUUAACAACUCCGUUCACGUCUGGAUCAACAACGGCGCGACUCCCUCCAAGCUGGUGUUGGGUCUGGGAGCGUACGGAAAAACCUUUACCCUGACCAGUCUGAACGACACUGCCACGGGAGCGCCUUUCACCGGAGCCGGAGCAGCCGGCCCUUAUGUUGCAGAAGCUGGAGUUUACAGUUACUAUGAGAUCUGCGAAGAUCAAAAGUACAACGCCACACAAUGGAACAUCACCGAGGUAGAGGGCAGCUACGUGUAUGCUAAUAAGGAUCUCUUCUGGGUCGGCUAUGAUAACCCCAACACCAUUAAGGCUAAGGCACAGUAUGCCAAGACCAUGGGCCUAGGAGGCAUCAUGUACUGGGCCGUAGACUUGGAUGACUUCAAUGGCCUUUGCGGAGACAAGUUCCCUCUCAUCUCAGCGGGAAUCGCUGGAUAUAAUUCUUCCUAAAUAUAAGAACAGUGUUGCUACAAAAAGUAUAUAUCAAAGUAAAUAAAAGAUUGAAAUUA